AUGCUCCCCUCACGCAUCGACUUCCUCAACAACGGGCUGGUCCCCGUCCAAGAAGUCUCAACCCUCCCGACAGACGACUGCGCCAUCUGCACUGACACUUUUACAGACCCUAUCUCUCUUCCCUGCAAGCACACUUUCUGUAAAGGCUGCAUAACCCAAUGGCUUAACAUCCGGCACAAGAACAGCUGCCCAACCUGUCGCACGGCUUUUUUCACCCUCGACGACGCAGAUCGCGGCCCAGUCGGGUCUGAUCGCAUUGUAGCGAUGGGACAUGCUCUGGGCCAUUCUGGUCUGCUGGGUGGUAAUUACCAGACGUUCAACGAUCAGAUGUAUCGGAACGAUAGUGCAUUCAUGAGAGCUACCGCUCAGGCUAACACGUGGCUUGCUGAGCAGAACCACCCUCACGCUGCGGGUCCGGCGGUGAUUGAUACGGCUUUGCUUGGGCAUCACAUCAUUGCCAUGGGGAACCUCUUGAAGGGGUAUGCCAGGACUAUGGGUAGGCCUUAUAGUACGUACCAGUCGAGGGACUGGAGGAAUAUCAUCAAUGUCCUCUGGAGAGUAUUGCUAGAGAGGGAGGUUACGACGGUUGAUGCUGUGGUGCUUGCUAAUGCGUUGAAGGAGGAUGUUAGGGUUAAGCUUGUGAUGGAAGGGCUUAAUCUUGAGCGCUACUUCGAGCAGAGCGCUGAAGUUGAGUCGGCGGCGGGUGAUUUUGACGUUCUCCUGCAGUAUGUGGUGAAGCAGAGUGCUGAGGAGUUUGCGAGGAGGGAGAUGAGGAGGGCGGCGGUUAGAGAGCAGCCGACGGUGCUGGGAAAAGUUGGGGUGUGGUUGAGUCAGUAUUAUCAUGCUUGA